CCCCUCAACGCUGCGGCCGUGUCGACCAGCUCGCCGGCGGCCAGAUCUCUUGCAGUACAUCGCAUUUACCUACUGCAGCAGCUGCAGCUCGACGGCUGCGCCGGUGGUGAGCGCCGGCGGCGCCAUCCUAUCCCCUCGAGGGAUUCUUCCGGCCAGGUGGAGCUAUGAGCCGCCGCUUUGUCCCCGUCGGCAGACGCAUCUUAGAGCAGAACAUCAAGGCUCGGUACCACGCCGGAGACAUUGGCACCCAGGACGCACUCCACCUGUUUGACGAAUUGCUCCAGGUUGCUGGGCCCUCCUCCAUCCAUGCCAUCAACUGCCUCCUCACCGUUGUCGGCCGUGAUUGCCCUGCGCUCGGCGUCUCCCUCUUCAACCGCGUCGCAAGGUCCAAGGUGGCACCCUGCAGUAUCACCUAUGCCAUUCUAGUCGACUGCUGCUGCCGCGCUGGCCGCCAGGACCUUGGUUUCGCUGCCAUGGGCCACAUCAUCAAGAUGGGAUUUACUGCAGAUGCUAUGAUCACUUUCAGCCACCUACUCAAGGCCAUCUGUGCGGAGAACAAGACCAGCUAUGCAAUGGACAUCGUACUCCGAAUAAUGCCCAUGUUUAACUGCGUACCGGAUGUUUUCUCCUACAACAUUCUUUUCAAGGGUCUCUGCAACGAGAAGAGAAGCCAAGAGGCUCUCGAGCUGAUUCACAUGAUGGUUGAGGAUGGAGGUUGCUGCCGACCUGAUGUGGUGACCUAUAGCACCGUAAUUGAUGGCUUGUUGAAAGAGGGUGAGGUGGACAAAGCUUACAGCCUAUUUUGUGAAAUGCUAUGUCAGGGGAUUUCGCCAAAUGAUGUGACCUAUAACUCAAUCAUCUCUGGCAUGUGCAAGCUUCAAGCGAUGGACAAGGCUGAGGAGGUUCUUCAACUGAUGCUUGAGAGACGAAUUCUGCCUAAUGUUGCCACAUAUACCAGUCUCAUACAUGGAUAUUAUCUAUGUUUUUAAGGCGGUAAGGCGA